AUGACUUGGACGCACAGGCAGAGCAUCUUCCAGGAGAACCGGAGUGCAAUACCCUGUGAGGAAGCUGAUGGAAAUCUGAUAAAAGACAGGCUGGUCCAGCUGAGAUGUCACUUUACAUGGGAGCUGAUAAUUGAAGAUAUUGAAAUACCUGAUUUAGAAAACAAGGUUCUGAAAGUGAUUGAGUUCCAAUACACCAACAAUGACGUGGGAUUUCACAACCUCCUAGCGUAUGUGAGACACCUGAAAGGCCAGAAUGACGAGGCCCUGCAGAGCUUGAAACAAGCUGAAGGCUUAAUCCAGAGACAGUCUGUGAAGCAGUCAGACCAGAGGAGCCUGGUGACUUGGGGCAACUGUGCCUGGGUGUAUUAUCACAUGGGCAGGUUGGCAGACGCCGGGGCAUACCUGGACAAGGUAGAGCACACUUGCAAGAAGUUUGAAGGUUCCUCACGUUUUAGGAUGGAGUGUCCUGAGAUAGACUGUGAGGAAGGAUGGGCAUUGCUGAACUGUGGAAGGAAGAAUUAUGACCGGGCCAAAGCCUGCUUUGAAAAGGCUCUGAAAGUGGAGCCUGAAAACCCCGAAUUCAACACUGGCUAUGCCAUUAUCGCCUACCGCCAAGACCACAACAACGGGAGCGUGAUUUCUCUAGACCCCUUGAGGAAAGCCAUGAGGCUAAAUCCAGAUGACACGUGUAUCAAGGCCCUCCUUGCCCUAAAGCUCCAGGAAGUUGGCAUUGGGUAA